AUGUCCGAGAAAGCUCUGCAACGUAUGAACCACAUCGCUGGAGCCAGGGCACUGAUCAAAGAAUGUAGAUGGGAUGCAAGCUCAAACGGUGUAGGAGGCGCCUGCUUUUGGUUGAACGUUGGCAUGGAAUUAUUCUCGUGUCUACACUUCAAUUGGGGACUGGCAUGGGACCCUGACACCUGGGGAAUCGACAUGACCAUGAACCCGCAACCGCAGUCGGGCAACGAGGUGGAGUGGACUCACAAGAUGCUGUGGAUCCUGGCCAAAAUUACUAACUUCCGUUCUUCUACACCUCGUUUCCAGGAGCAAACCAUGCAUGCAGAGCAAAUUCGACUACAGACACGAUUACAGCAGUGGCUUGGUUUGAAACAGUUCUGCGAUCGUUGGGACAAAUGUGCUCCUCCUUCGAUGCAACCUAUGGCGGUCGUGCCGCCUUACUUGACAUCAUCGAAGAGUGCAUUCCCAGAAGUAUGGCACCUCAAACGAACGGCGAUUGUCGGCCGCUUAUUCUGGCACACAGCACAGGUCUUGCUUGCUUCUACACAUCCUCUAGUGCCAUGGUCAUCUCAGGGCGAUACAAAUAAUAGCAACAGCAACAACAACCCUCAACUUGCUGCUGAUCUGGCUCAGACACGGUUACAUCAUGCCCGUCAGAUUUGCGGGAUUGUCAAACACGCCAAAGAUCGAGGCGUUGCUUCGGCAUCAAUCCGCUGUCUUGCAGUUGCCGGUGACCAUCUUCGCAUCCGUCGCGAACAGGAAGAAGUCCUCGAAAUCUUUGAGCGAAUCAAGGGCGAAACUGGCUGGCGUGUGGCCUUCAUUAACGAUGAGCUGAAAGAGAAAUGGGGGUGGAACAAAGUUGAUGCAUAUGGAAACCAGACGUCGCGCUCUGCUUUCUACCAGCAGAGUUCUAACGCGCCAAGUGUGGCUACAGUGCCAGCAUCACAGCCGACUCGACAGAAGCCGCCCUCUGGUAUUGUGAAUCCGCUAUACAAGAAUGCUGAUUUUGCCAGUCAGAAUCCACCCUAUCAAGGGUCAUAUGUGCCUCCAGUCCCUGCUGCAAGUUACUUGAGCCAUCAUCAUGGUGUGCCAGGAAAUGAGGCCGCAUUGUAUAGAUAUGGGACUAUCGCAGCACUUUAG